AAACUCUCCUCUAAUAGCUUCUUCUAAGUUUUCAUUCAGCAAAGAUAGUUGGUGGGUUGUCUCAAGGCACAGGGCAGACUUUCUUUCCUACUACCACCAGCGGCCGCAUCCGUCCGUCCGUCCGUCCGUCCGACUCGUACUCAUUGGUAAUACAGAAAAUGGUAACAGGAGGAGCCCCCCAAAGGGGAAGUGCUGCAGCAACUGCAAGCAUGCGGAGGAGGAGAACAACGAGUGGUGCAACCUCCGGAGGGGCGGCUGGGACCAUGCUGCAGUUUUACACAGAUGAUGCUCCUGGACUCAAGAUCUCCCCAAAUGUUGUUCUUAUCAUGAGCAUUGGUUUCAUAGCUUUUGUCGCCAUUCUUCAUGUGAUGGGUAAGCUGUAUUUUGCACGCCGGGAGACUUGAAUUAAAGCAUAUUAACAAUGGUGGAUUGAGUUUGCAUUAUGGAGAGCUUGGAUGUCAAAAUGAACAUUGUGAAAGAACUAUAAAUUAGCAUUGAGUGUUUUAUUGGGAACAGCUGUUGUUUUUGGUUCAAUUUGGUGGGGAUGUUGUUCUUUCUGGUCCACACGAUUCCUUGUUGAUAUACAUGGCCCCGAUUUUAUCUCCAUUGGCUGCUUUAUGUGCUGGAUUAAGCUACUCCUAAUGAUAAUUUGUUUGAAAAACGAUCCUUAUCCUUUCAUGAAUGUUUGUCCUUAUUAUUUAUCAAACUGACUUAAAUAUCAAGCCGAAUAGAGAAAUAUUCCAAUCUCAA